AUGAAACAAGCUUUCGGAAAUUCAAAUAAGGAAUUAUACGCUGAUUUAACUUUACAAGGUAUUGAAGCUAUUUCAAAAGUUUAUACGGUUAAUCCAAAACUUGAUAAAUCAAAAACAAGAAUUCAAAUUAAUGAUAAUGGUGAAAUUGAAACAAUUGAUGAUUGGAUGUUAGAAACUGAUGGAACUUCAUUAAAAAAUAUUGACGCUGUACGAAAAGCUAUUGAACGUGAAAUGAAUCAUGUUAUUUCAUUUGAUGGUUCUUAUGUUAAUUAUCGUCAUUUAGCUCUUCUUUAUGAUAUUAUGACAACUAAAAGACAUUUAAUGGAUAUAACAAGACAUGGAAUUAAUGGGUUUAGGACAGUUGCUCGCAGGACAAUUGCUCGUCGGACAGUUGCGCGCGGACACUUGCUCGCUAGGACAGUUGCUCGCUAG